GUCGGUCCGCUACAAGCGCUCCACGCAUCGCGCCGAGCUUACGCGUGAAGCACAACCGAACGCACGCUUUUUGAAUUCGGAACUGCGCUGUUCAAGUGUUUUUUUCUCGAGUGAUUUGAAUUUCGAAUAUUAGUUCAGUUCUUUUUUGUGAAGUUCUGUUUUUGUAGCAAACUUUUUGGUACGGACUUUUUUGAGUGUUAGGCUGAAUAAUGGACUUUUGUUUUAAUUAGAAGAGUUGAAACUUUGCUUUCGAGUGUUUGAAUAUUUCCGCGCCGGAAUGCCACACACAGGUCAAGCCGGCGUCAACCAAUUAGGGGGCGUCUUCGUGAACGGACGUCCCCUCCCCGAUGUGGUUCGCAAGAGAAUUGUGGAACUGGCCAUCAUGGGUGUUCGACCCUGUGACAUCAGCAGGCAGCUCCUCGUCUCCCAUGGCUGCGUCUCCAAGAUCCUGACACGGUUCUACGAGACGGGGUCUAUUAGACCCGGGUCUAUUGGCGGCAGCAAGACUAAGCAAGUAGCAACCCCGACAGUGGUGAAGAAGAUUCUCCGUCUAAAACAAGAGAACCCGGGUAUGUUCGCGUGGGAGAUCCGCGAGAGACUGCUGAGCGCGAGGGUGUGUGAGCCGCACUCCAUACCUUCGGUGUCCAGCGUCAAUAGGAUCCUGAGGAACAGUGGCCUGGCUUGGAGUGAUGAUGACACCAGGAAUGCACAUGAAUCAUACCCACAGCCGGAGCUACCACCCAACAUGAUGGAAUACAUGUCAAUGAAGAACUCUUUACCCCCUUCCGCGAUGCCAACACAGCAGAGUUCUCCCUACUUCGCUCACUCCGCCGUCAGAGUACCCCCUCCCCAACACACAGACCCAACACAGCUAUACGACAGGAGACUAGCCACCUCUUGGCUGCUAGCCAAUCAGGUCCAAGCCCAAGGCCUCCUAAAACCUUACCCAAUCAACCCCUGGCAGAGAAUAAUGCUACCUUACCAUGACGGCAAAAACUUCUCUCCCUACGCUCUGAAUCUACACAACGAUCUUCUAAACCGAAUAAACCCUGACGAAGUGAAAUCUGAGAAUUCAGAACAUAUUUCUGUUGAAGCCAGCGACGAUAGCACUGAUAGGCCUGACGUGGAUGAUGAUCAGAAAUCACACGAAAAAGAAAAGAAGAAAAAUCCGUAUUCCAUAGAGGAGCUUUUGAAAAAACCUGAUAAGAUGGUCAAUGUGAAUCCGAUUGGUUUCCAGAACUUUCUACGGCAGCCUAGUGGGAGUAUGAUAGAGAGUAGUCAGGAUCUGAGUAACAGGAGCUCUCCAGCGAGUUUCUGUUCUGUACAAAGUGGAGUUUCGAACGACUGCUUUUCUGAAUCAGCCAGUUCUGAAAUUAAAGCGGGAAAUUAAUUCCGCUGUUAAUAUUAUUGUUGUAUUAUGUUUGCUGUUAUUUUGACAUUUGUUAGAUUACAUUCCACUUAAAAUAUUUUGUUUUAAGGAGAUUCAUAUAAAUAAAAUUAGGAACCAUUCUAUUUGAGAUUCCAGUAAAAGGAAAAACUCUGGAAAACGCAUAUUACUUACCUUUGUCGCAUGAAACGCCUGUUCAUUUUACAUUCAGAAUAGUACUAAUUGUAUCAUAAUAUUGUAAAUAAAUAAACUAGUUAAGUACAAAAAUCUAUAUUAUCAUAAUCUCUUAGAGCGUAUUAUUUGCGUGUAUAAAACAGUACAUGAGAGCGCCAUCUAUCGGAAAAAUCAGGAAAAAACAUAUUAAUAGAUUUUUAUUAUUAAUUGUUGUAAAUAGUAAAUGCCAUAUUACAAUGUAGAUAUUUGCGUAAUGUGUCCAUACUAUGUAAUAAUAUUCGGAAUAGAAGAUACGCAAUAGCUUGUAGUUAAAUACAAUAAUAAUGUAAUACUUCCCUACAUAAAUUAUUUAAAAAGUACAGACACAUCCACUUUUGAAGAAUCCCGUAAAAAAUAGUAACAUUUUUACUAAAUUUUACUAUCACAAAAUGCCGUAUUUAUAAUUCUGUGAUAUUGUAGGAAGUAUUCUAUGUAUGUUGAUUCAUUGAUUCAAUAUCCUCUUUGAAAAUACAUUCCUCUGUCGUUAGUUUUACUAUUAUGAGAUCAUAGUUAUUUUAUUGUAAGUAGCAAUAGUUGAUAGAUGUACUUAUAUGUAUAUAAUGUAAUCACAGUAGUUGUUUAUUUAUGAAAUGGCACAA